CGCUCGCAGCAGACCUCCGCCUGGACCGCGAGGACAAAUGCCAACGAAGUGACCGGAGCCAAAGGAGAAACACACAUUCGCUGCCCCUACAAACAACUACAUCCUCUCCCACUAGACGUCCCCAAGCUGCGCAUCAUGCCGCUCAAGCUCGGCGUGCUGGUCCCAUCAUCCAACACGGCCCUGGAACCACUUACAACGGCCAUCCUCGCCAGUCUUGGCUCAGAUGUCAGUGUCCACUUCUCACGCUUUCCGGUGACUACGAUCUCCCUCGAUCCCACCGGGCUAGCUCAAUUCAGCCUCGAUGGCCCCAUCAUGACUGCCGCUCGACUGCUGGCUGACGCCAAGGUCGACGUAAUUGGCUGGUCCGGGACGUCUGGGGGCUGGCUAGGGUUCGAUGCCGACGAGAAGCUCUGCCGGAUCAUUGCUGAGACUCUAGGUGUCCCGGCAACAACCUCGACUCUCGCCCUGAACAAGGCUCUGGACCUAGUCGGUGCAAAGCGAUUGGCGUUCGUCACACCUUACCUCGAUGAUGUGCAGGAGCGCAUCAUACAGGUGUACAAUGCAGCAGGUUACCGGGUCGUCGCAGAAAGUCACAGCUGCAUCGCCGAGAACACCCGCAUCGCCGACAGGACUGCCGCUGAGCUAGACGCACAAGUCAGCGACGUGUUGAACCAGGCUGGAAACAACAAAAAUAUCGACGCCAUUACCACAUUCUGCACAAAUCUAUCGGCAGCACAUCUGGUCGUUGAUUGGGAGGCUCGUCAUGGUGUCCCUGUGUUUGACACAGUGACGACUGUAAUUUGGGAUAUGUUGAGGCUCGUAAAGUACGACAAGGUCAAGAUUACUGGGUGGGGCCAAAUCUUCACUCUGUGAAACAGUAUGUUCCAAGCUGGGGCUGCCUAUGUGAGCCGUGAUGGGAUGCCCGGGAUCAACUAUCUAAGUGCAGCCUUAAGCUUGGUCGUAGUCAAGUACAUUGGAUUAUUCGGCAUCCUUAACAUUAUAAAGCGUGAUAUUGCACAAAGAUCCUGGCCACCAACGACAGCGAAUUCAAGGAAAGACGCGAUCUGCGCGGGAACCUGCUCCGUGUAUAGCAAUUUUACUGGUUUAGGAUGAUGUUGGGGAGGGUGCGUGGGCUGGACUGGAACGGGAUAAUUCGGCCGCUCUCGUACCAAAUACUUGUGGCUUGUGUUAGCCAACUGCGAACUCGAGGUGGUCAUCUGGUCGGUCCGGCAUGACGGCCACGGUCUGGCUAAUCAGCGAUGC